CUCAGAAUCUAUAAUCUAUAAAUUCACUUCGCAUAAAUAGAAGCGUAAGAAGGUUUUUUCCAUCAGUUUGCUUAGUACGUCAACACAAUUGCUACAGUAGAAAUGGCACAUCUUAUAUCAGUCAUUGUACUAAUAUCCGCCAGUGCAAUGGCAGUUGCUUUACCAAACUGUGCAGACUUUCCAGAUGGUUUUUUUGUUAACGAUCCGUCUAACUGUCAGGCUUAUUGGUAUUGCCAUAAUGCUCAAAGUGUACCACAACCUGGCUUGUGUAAUUUGCCAUAUAAUUUUGAUCAAUCCAGACAAUUGUGCAACCACCCGGACACAUUUCCAUGCUACGAUGGUCCACCGACUACACCGAAGCCACCAAUAGAUCCUAGAGUUGUAGCUGUAAAUGAACACAAUUACUAUCGGGAUAUUCACGGUGUACCUGAUGUGGCAUCCUUUAGUAACGAUAUCAAUAAUUUUGCGCAAGAAUGGGCGGACUAUCUAGCCUCAACCGAUCAAUUUUACCAUUCAAGUGGAUCUGGAUUCGGUGAAAAUCUUUAUAAGGCAUGGGGCGGCACCAACGACAAAGAGACCAUAGUGGCCAAUGCGAUUAAAAGUUUUUACAGUGAGAUCCAGUAUUACGAUUGGAAUAAUCCUGGUUUCUCUUCACAAACCGGUCAUUUUACACAAGUUGUUUGGAAGGCAUCAAUCGAAAUCGGAGUCGGAAUCGCUACUUAUCCCGAUGCAAAUUGGGGUCAUAGGUCCGUGGUUUCUAUAAACUAUAGGCCACCUGGAAACUAUCUGGGACAAUUUGAACAAAAUGUUUUACCACCACGAGCCAACCGUGCAUUAAGGGUGAAUGACACGCGGUCCUACGAUAACGAAUUAAGUCCUGCUAAAGUCAUGGUUUUGUAAGUAUUACUGACGUUUAUAUCUUUAUAAAAUUUGUAGAUAUAGAAACGCCUGUAAAUGGUUCAAUAAAUGCAAGAAAAUUCUUUAA